AGUUCUAAAUAUAUUCAUCACUUUCUUUUCUCAUCUCUUUUUGAGUUUCAACUAUGUCAACCGGAAGGAAAAGUCGUGGUCGCCAAAAGAUUGAGAUGAAAAAGAUGAGCAAUGAAAGCAAUUUGCAAGUGACUUUCUCGAAGCGUCGUAGUGGACUUUUCAAGAAAGCCAGUGAACUUUGCACACUUUGUGGUGCUGAUGUUGCUCUUGUUGUAUUCUCACCUGGUGAGAAGGUGUUUUCCUUUGGUCACCCACAUGUUGAUACGGUCAUAGAUCGUUAUCUAUCACGGGUUCCACCCCAAAACAAUGGCACCAUGCAAUUCAUUGAGGCUCACCGUAGCGCCAAUGUGAGAGAUCUCAAUAACCAACUGACUCAAAUCAACAAUAAAUUGGACAUUGAGAAGAAACGUGGUGAUGAGCUGAGCCAUUUGCGCAAGGCAACUGAGGAUCAGUUUUGGUGGGCUUGUCCAAUUGAAGGGAUGAAUAGGGCUCAACUUGAAUUAUUUAAGAAGGCAUUGGAGGAACUUAAGAAACUUGUUGCACAACAUGCUGAUAGGCUUGUAAUUCAGGGUGCACCUACUCAAACUAUUCCAUUUUUUGUUGGAAAUGGUUCAAACUCUAACGUGCCAAUUCAUCACCAGGCAAAUCCUCAACAAGCUCAAAUGUUUCAGCAACAAUUUUUCCAGAAUCCUAUGAUGCAACCUCAUUUGUUUGGUUUCAACAAUAUGGGUGGAAGUGGUGGAUAUGGACCCUCUGGAUUCUUUUGAUCUAAUGGCUUGGAUCCGUCUUAAGAGAUGCCCUUAUGAAUAUUAUUUUUUCAUGUUAUUUUCAUCAUUUUCAGUUAUAGCAUACAGGCUUAACUAGUUCAUUUAUGGGACUUGGGUAAGACUGAAUAUGGA